AUGGUAAAAAACUUUUCUAGACAGAGACCCAACUUCAGUGGCAACUUGACUCUCAAUGUUGCCUUGAGAUAGAUUACUAAGUCUAUCAACAAGAAUCAGAACUAGUAUUCACAUAUUGAUAGAGAUUAUACCCCAAACGACAAUUCCUCAGGUGAGUCUAGAAACACAUCCUAAAAGAAGAAGCCAGUCAAGAAGGCUAAGAUAAUAAGAACUAAGUUUGCUCAUUUACCUGAAGCAGAAAGAUAUAAGUUCAAGAACUUGCAGAGUCUAGUCAAAAUCUUGAGUGAGCACCCAUACUCUUUCAUUUUGGACUAUGUGGAUAAGAAAGAACACAUUACGAUGGGUGAGAUUCACACUGCUAUAAAGUAGCAAAAGAUAAGCACUUUCCCCUAAGUGGAGUACUUGAUAGGCAAGCUAUUUGAUGUAAUGGAGAAUGAACUCAGUGAGAUUCACUUCAAGAUCAAUGAAGAGAUCUAUGAGGACAAGAAAGACUUUGUCCAAGGCUAAACUCAACAAGUUUUCAAUCAACUCUAGUAAUUGAGAGCAGACCAAAGAGAAGCUAUCCUAAUUGAAGAGAAUUUCAUCAGACUUGACGGGAACGGUAAUAGAUGUAUAGACUUCACCCCAGAAAAUGCUGAUAACAUCAUCACACUCACAGAGAAGAUGGAAAAAUUAUUGUCACAGUGA